GGCCGCGCCCUCCGCUCGGCGGCCUUUUCUUCCGCUCCGGCACGGAGGUGCUCCCAGGCGGCUGCACUGGCUCGGAGGAGUAGCAGGAGGAGCUCCGCCGUAGGAACAAACCUGGAGGCAAACCAGAAGGAGGCAAUGUUUGAAUGACUGUAAGAAGACCAGACAGUGAAAAUGUCAGCCCUCAACUGGAAGCCCUUUGUGUACGGAGGGCUGGCCUCCAUCACCGCAGAAUGCGGUACAUUUCCAAUUGAUUUGACUAAGACUCGGCUUCAGAUUCAAGGCCAGACAAAUGAUGCCAAGUUCCGAGAGAUCAGGUACCGAGGAAUGUUGCACGCGCUGAUGAGGAUAGGCCGGGAAGAAGGCCUGAGGGCGCUGUAUUCAGGGAUUGCACCCGCAAUGCUGCGCCAGGCUUCCUAUGGAACCAUCAAGAUCGGCACUUACCAAAGCUUGAAGCGACUGGCUGUGGAACGCCCGGAAGAUGAAACCCUGCUGAUCAAUGUUGUGUGUGGAAUCCUGUCUGGAGUCAUAUCCUCAGCUAUUGCUAAUCCAACUGAUGUUUUGAAAAUCCGGAUGCAAGCACAGAACAGCGCUGUUCAAGGAGGAAUGAUAGGCAACUUCAUUAGCAUUUACCAGCAGGAAGGGACUAGAGGACUGUGGAAGGGCGUGUCCCUCACAGCCCAGAGGGCAGCCAUUGUGGUCGGUGUGGAACUUCCAGUCUAUGACAUCACCAAGAAGCACCUGAUACUCUCAGGCCUGAUGGGAGAUACUGUCUCAACACAUUUUCUCUCGAGCUUCACCUGUGGCCUGGUGGGGGCCUUGGCCUCAAACCCAGUUGAUGUUGUUAGGACCCGCAUGAUGAAUCAGAGAGACCUUCGGGAUGGCAGAUGCUCGGGCUAUAAAGGUACCUUGGAUUGUCUAUUGCAGACGUGGAAGAAUGAAGGGUUUUUUGCUCUAUAUAAAGGGUUUUGGCCAAACUGGCUGCGCCUUGGUCCUUGGAAUAUCAUUUUCUUUUUGACUUACGAACAGCUGAAGAAACUGGACUUGUGACCACACAAGCUGUUGUUCUGACAAACUGACUUUCACUAUGGUAGAGCCUCCUGUGCUGCUUCUGGCUGCUUCUCACUCCACAGCUCACCACAGCUUCUGGGACAGGAGCAAUGGAUGAAGACCCGGCUCUUCAGAUUGCCGAGUGUUGGUGCUGGACGCCUUUCGUCUGUGCUCAGAGAUUAGAGCGCAAUAGCACCCACUCGCUGGUGGUUACCAUUGAAGUGCCCUUUGACAUCUGAGAUAAUCCGUGCACAUAAUACAUCUUUCUUGCCGUAGAAAACCUGCAGGAAAUCAGAACCGUGUGCCGCUGCCUGGAGAGCAGCCUCGCUGCCUGACUUCCAGCUGUGAACGGCAGCCGCUCUGAGGAGGCCCCUGGAGUGGUGGAGUAGUAGUGUUCCUCUACCAUUGAGAGCUUUAGUUUCCUGUCAUCUGAAAACAUUUUACAUCUGGACUUUUAUCCCCCAGACCUGGACAGUUGUAGCGAGAAGGUCUUUAGCACUGCUUUAUAAUUCCUGUUUGGGCAGGACCUUUCACUUACGGAAAGACAGACUCGACCUUUGUGAGGUAACGGUAACCGUUUGCCCUAGGAUUUUUUUUUUUUUUUUUUUGUUAGCAAAGUUUAUUAUUUCCAUACUGAACAAAUGGAGAUAAUCAUGCUUCGUUAAGUAGGGGUUACAUGAAGGAAAAACUGCAGAGGCUGCUGUGUGAAGGAUGAGUGUGUUUACAUCUGUCAGUCAACAGUUGGCCUACCAUAGGGCUCUCCUGGUCCUGGUGACCAAAAGCCUUUGCUAAAUAAAGAACACUGCAGGAGAAGUAUUUUUUAGUUGACUACUGAAUCGAAGAGGUGAGGUGCCAGAGUUCGAAUCUUUAUAUUGAGGUGAGUUUGUUAAAAACCAACCAGCCAAACAACCCUUUACCUGAGGUUUUCCUAGUUGAUUUCCUUGAAAUUAGAAAAAAAAGAUUUGUUUUCUUCCUUCCUGUUUCAUUGUUGUGAUGUUGGGGAUCAAACCCUUGUGCGUUCUGGGUGUCUUCCGCACACUGAGCUCCACUCCAGCUCAAAUCGAUGGCCUGUGCGUCUCCGUUUAUCUCCAUUCGGAUAAGAGGUGUAUGACAACAGUCGUCUACCUGUUUUUGUUUCUCUUUUGUUGCUUUCCAAAGCAACAGCUGUCUCUAAGAGCCAACAGCUUUCUAGAAGGGAUCCCGUGCUUUCAGGUGGGCCCUGAGAAGGCCGCAUUCGCACUAAAGGAGGCUCUAAGUCGGUGCAGUGCCCAGUGCAUUCCCGAGCGCCCCUUCCUCCGGAGGCAGAAGUAUGCAGGUUUUCCCUGAGAGUUGGGCACUUUGUCUGGCGUAGCAUUUCAACUUGAUUUUUUUUUUUUUUUUUUUUUUUUUUUUAAUUAAUGGCUCCUUUGAAAAACAGUUUGUGAAGCAGGAUUUUUGUUUCUAAACGUCCUCAGAGAGCAGAGCUAUUGGUGGCUUAAAAAGGCAAUUCCUUUGCUCGCCAUUAGGUGGCAGUAGAGAGUCUGAGCGGCUGCGGGCCUGGCUCCUAGUAUUAGGAGUUAGAGACAUUUUCCCUUCUGCCCUGAACAUUCCGUUGAAGUGACUCCAAAGCAUUCUCUCUUGAGUUGAAAGGAUUCAACUUUUUCAAACCACUUUUUAACAAAAACAUCUUUUUUAUUAAAAUUCUUUUCUUUAUCCUUCCUUCCUAAUUUUUUUCCUCCAAUUUUCCAAGACAGGGUUUCUCUGUGUAGUCCUGGCUCUCGCUCUGUAGAUCAUGCUGGCCCCCAGCUCAGAGAUCUCCCUGCCUCUGCUUCCUGAAUUCUGGAUGGAAUUUAAAGUGUGCACCACCACCAACUGGCCAAAACAAACAAACAGCCCCAAAGAACAACAAAACCACUUUACUUUUUUAAGUUUGAAGGUAAUUUCUAAAGUUUAAAUGGGUCCAUAUUGAAGCUCGUGUAAAGAGUGGCCAUCAGACAGUAUUAUCAAUUUAUUCAAAUUAUGUCUAUGCCUAUACCUGGAUAAAAGAAACCUAAACUUUGCUGUAAAACGUCAGCAUGUUUCAAGGCAAAUUUGCAGUAUUUUAAGACAAGGGUAGUGUCAAUUUAUUAAGUGCCUUAUAGGACAGGGUCUUACCCUGCCUUCUUCUCUCUGGAGUUAAUACGGUUGUUGAUGUUUCUAACCCAGAGACAACUUAAAGCACUUGGUGAUGUGGGUGUGGCUGUAACACUUCACCACCUGUCAUUUUCCUCAAGUAUGGUGAAACUAUUUCAAGUUUUUGUGGCUGAGUCGAAGGAAAUUGUGUUUGUGUUGUUACUGCUGCUCUGUGUUGCUGGUCGGUAAUGUGAACAACGGCUCCUGUUCUCCGUGUUUAUUUAUGAGCUAUAAAACUGUAUGUACCAUGUAAAGAGUAUACAUUUUCCACAAGCUUUUCUACUUCAAGCUCUUUAUACAUUGUUGGACUGUGUGGCAUAAACCUUGUUUCAUUUAAUAAAUGGAAAUAAUAUAUGAUAA